AUGCCUCUCCACCACCAGCACCUUCGACCCUUUGCGCCCUCAGGUCAGGGCCAAAUCUUCAAGAAAGUGGCGUCGAAACCGAGUCCCGCCGCCGACCGUCCAUCCCCCACCUCCGAUACUCCCCGUACCCCACACGGCAGCGAUGUUGGCCAGAAUUUGUCGUCACCAUUGCAUCCGCGGGUAGCGGUCAUUCUUGGAGUAGACCGAAGAUGGCACAUUCCGCUGCUUGUAUGCCGUGCUCUGAGUACGCUUCCCGCUGCCUGGUGGGGGUUACGGUGCGCCUUCACCUUUCUGGCUGAGUUGCUGCGUAUCCGACCGGGAAUCGGGCGAGAAGGCUGGGCGGCCGCUAUUGUUGGAAGUGUCGGGCAGGAUUGGGAUGUCGAAAGGAGAUUUCGAGUUACCGAAGUUGCAUUGGCUAUCAUGUGGUGCUGCGCAUCCGCCUAUCUCUCUUAUUUUUUCGCUGAUUGUAUGAUGUCUCGAUGGCUUUUGAAUUACACUCCGCCUGCUGUUGUCAUCCGGCUUCUGACAACGAAUGGUCUCAUUGCAUAUGUUACUUCUUGGGUUCUCUACUUGUCUGGCGCAUCUUCUGAUCCUCGGCUUCUUCUUCCUGCCUGGAUCUCCAUCACCACCACUUUAACCUUUCUUUACCAUGCCACGCAAAACCACGCCAAAAUUAAACGAGAGACAGCAGCAUCCUUACUCGUCGUCUCCGCUGCCAGUUUUCUCAGCAUGUCUUCGCUCCUUCUCCAGCUCCAUCUCACUCGGGAGAACGAGCCCGAGGUCCCCGUCUUCGUGAUUACUCGCAAAUUAUGGGACUGGGCGGUUGCUAUCUUUUUACGCAUGCGCGUCGCGGAUGGUCGAGCCAUCGGCGAGUUGUAA